CCCGGAGCAACAACCAACAUUACAUCUUCCCCCCUCCCUUACUUCGUACCCUCUACUACUACUACGAUAUAUCGAAGGCUCAACCAACAACACUUUGUUGGCCAUCGGCUCUCUUAUAAGCCAGCCCCUCCUCAAGGCCCCUCGCCCUCUUCACUCUACAAAAACGACGCGAGAGAGAGAGAGAGAGAGAGAGAAAGCUCCCCGGAUCUCUGUAAAACCAGCCAAACCAUCUCCCACGCACAAGGCCCAAGAAACCUCGAACAAACAACCCGCACAAUGUCUGCCGUCAAGCACACCGCCGACACCCUCUUCCAGCUGGCCAAGGCGCGCCGCAGCCACUACCCCCUGACCAAGCAGCUCACCAUCUCCCCGAGCCGCAUCCAGGAGCUCGUCAACGAGGCGACGCUGCACACGCCCUCGUCCUUCAACUCCCAGACCACCCGCGCCGUCGUCCUCCUCGGCGCCGAGCACGACAAGCUGUGGGACAUGACCGCCGCCAUCCUCCGCGACAUCGUCCCCGAGGCCAACUGGAAGCCCACCGGCGACAAGAUGGCCAUGUUCAAGGGCGCCGCCGGCACCAUCCUCUUCUUCGACGACGAGGACGUCGUCCGCAGCAUGCAGGCCAAGUUCUCCGUCUACGCCGACCGCUUCCCCCCCUGGGCCGCCCAGAGCAACGCCAUGCAGCAGUGGCUGCUCUGGACCGCCCUCGAGCUCGAGGGCCUCGGCGCCAACCUGCAGCACUACAGCCCCCUCAUCGACCAAAAGGUCGCCUCCACCUGGGGCCUCCCCGAGACCUGGAAGCUCAACGCCCAGCUCGUCUUUGGCGGCAAGGUCAGCGAGCCCGGCGAGAAGACGUUCCAGCCUGUUGAGGAGCGUGUCAAGGUUUUCGGUGCUUAAGACGCCGGCCGCGCCGACCAGGAACACGCUGUUGGGUGUGGAGGGCUAGAUCAGCGACAUGCUAGACGCAUUUACGCCGGAGUUUCUUCAUCACGGGGUACGAUGGGCAUAUGAUUUCAGCGACUCACAUGGAUAAUAUAUACG